GUAAGCGUCAUUUGUCCACAAUUUGGCAUUUGGUAUUUCAUCUUGUCAGAUCUUGUGUAAUUUGAUCAUGACUGAACGCGGGAUCCCAAACAGAUAUCAUUCACGUUCUCAGAAAUUAUGACUUUAUCGUGUAAAAAUAUAAUUCAUUACCAGCAGUAUGCUGGAGGUUGUAGGAAUUUGGCGUUUAGCCUAACAUUAACCGAUAGAAUAACUCUGGCAACACUUAUCACCGGUAUCACAUUUCUCUCUGUUUUGUACUCUGUUAUUUUCCUCUCUGUUUUUGUUGAUGCGCUGUCAAAACACGUCUAAUUGGCCAUCAGCUGUGAUUUUUGCUAAAAAUAAAUUAUACAGAACAUUUCCAAAUACAUAAUUGAAAAGUUGUUAUAUGUUUCUAUUUCUGUAUAGAAAUUCAAAUUAAAAAAAGCAGGUCAGCUGUGAAUUUCUGGAAAAUUUCGUGCAUCCGCGGGCGAGAAGCAACAAAUGUGAUCUACUUAUUUGCGUCUUGCUUUAUAAAACCAAACACAUCGUCGCAAAGGGUAUCGACGCCAAACCCCCCUCCAAGCACCAUGCUACAUUUACGCCGCGGAACCGGCGUCGUUCCAAAUAUCUGGCGAUUCCAGCAGCUGCUAGCGUCACACUCUCCACUGUCCAUCAAUCUGUGCGCGCUGCAACAGCAAACUGCCGACGCUGGUGAACCGGCACAAGCCAAUGUGCUGCGAAAACGUAAGUUCAAACCGCACGAGCCUGAAGGUACUGCAUCCGAUGUCAACUUGCCUGAACAAGCUCGUGUCGUUAUAUGUGGCGGUGGCACUGUGGGUGCAUCAGUAGCCUAUCAUCUGGCACUGCAGGGCUGGGGCAAAGACACUAUCCUAAUUGAGCAGGACAAAGUAGGUAGCGGUAAUCCUUGGGCUGCUAGCGGUUUGGCAGGCCGCUUUGAGCCAAGCUACUCGGAAUUGCGACUAGCUGAGUACUCAAUAGACUUGGUUAAAUCAUUGACGGUGCAAGGACUGCCCACGGGUUGGCAGCAAGUGGGCAGCCUAAAUUUAGCACGCACUUUCGAUCGCAUGACCGUAUUCCAUCGCAUGCGCUCACAAGGGCGCGCUUGGGGUAUCAACUGUGAGAUAUUGACCGCCGACGAAUGUAAGGAGCACUGCCCGAUGAUUGAGACGAGCGAUCUAGCAGGUGGUUUAUGGAUACCUGAAGAUGGUGUUUGCGAUCCAAAGCAAGUUUGCAACUCGUUUAUUGAUGAAGCGCGACGCUUGGGCGUACAGGUAGUGGAGCAUUGUGCGGUAUUGAAGAUUAACAGCGCACAUGGUAAAGUAACCGGCAUCGAAACCUCAGCGGGUGAUGUGCUCUGCGACUAUUUUGUCAAUUGUGCGGGUUUCUGGGCACGUGGGGUGGGUACACUGUCAACGCCGAAAGUUAAGGUGCCACUAAAAGCGGUGGAGCAUCAUUAUCUGCACACGAAACAGAUUGAAGGACUCGAUCCGAUGACGCCUUUUGUGCGUGACUACGACGGUGGCGUGUAUUUCCGUGAAAAGAAUGGGCGCAUAUUGGCCGGCGGCUUUGAGCGCGAGGCAAAAAUGCUCUACGAAGAUGGGGGCAUACCACUGCUGCAGAGGGAACGUCAGCUGCCACCAGACUGGGAUCACUUCCACGGCUUGCUCGACGAGCUGCUACACCGCGUGCCUUUGCUCAAGUCGUCAAAACUGGAUAGACUUACUAACUCAUUGGAAGCAUUCUCGCCAGAUUGCAAAUGGAUUUUGGGUGAAGCGCCCGAAAUACAAAAUUACUUUGUGUCGGCGGGCAUGAAAACCAUAGGCGUAUCAGCUGCAGGCGGCAUUGGGCGCGCUAUUGCUGAUUUAAUAGUGAAACAGUCAACGUUUGUGGAUCUACAUAUCCUGGACAUUAGCCGCUUUUUGGGACUGCAUAAUAAUCGAAAAUUUUUACGCGAUCGCUGUAAAGAGGUGCCCGGCAAACACUUCGAAAUCAACUAUCCAUUCAGUGAGUUUCAAACGGGACGCAAUUUGCGCAUGUCGCCAAUCUAUCCGGCGCUCAAGGAAGCUGGCGCGGUAUUUGGACAGACAAUGGGCUAUGAGCGACCGAACUAUUUCGAUCCGAAUGACAUGAAGGAUGAGUUUGGUAUCACCCGAUUUCGCACCGCCGAAACGAAAACUUUCGGCAAGCCGCCCUGGUUCGAUCAUGUCGCCAACGAGUACAAUGCCUGUCGUGAGCGUAUCGGCAUCGCCGACUAUAGUUCGUUUACCAAAUACGAUCUAUGGUCGAAGGGACGUGAAGUAGUCGAUUUAUUGCAAUAUCUCUGCUCCAAUGAUGUCGAUGUGCCGGUGGGUUCAAUUAUACACACGGGCAUGCAGAACCAUUUGGGUGGCUAUGAGAAUGAUUGUUCGUUAGCGCGGCUCUCCGAGCGGCACUACAUGAUGAUUGCGCCGACGGUGCAACAAACACGCUCCAUUACCUGGAUACGUAGACAUAUGCCAAAUCAUUUGAGAUCCGGCGUAAAUGUGGCUGAUGUCACAUCAAUGUACACCGCUAUUUGUAUACUUGGUCCAUACACACGCAUUUUGCUCUCCGAAUUGACUGAUAUUGAUUUAACGCCGAAGAAUUUUCCAUUCUUCACAUAUAAAGAGCUCGAUGUAGGCUUAGCUAAUGGCAUACGUGUACUCAAUAUCACACACACCGGCGAAUUGGGUUAUGUUUUGUAUAUACCAAAUGAAUUCGCGUUGCAUGUGUACACGCGCCUCUAUCAGGCUGGUCAAAAAUUCGGCAUACACCAUGCGGGCUACUAUGCCACACGCACAUUGCGCAUUGAAAAAUUCUAUGCCUUCUGGGGCCAAGACCUGGAUACAUUUACCACACCGAUGGAAUGCGGUCGCAGCUGGCGUGUCAAAUUGAAUAAACCCAUUAACUUCAUUGGCCGCGAAGCACUGCUCAAACAACGCGAAGAGGGCGUCAAGCGCAUGUAUGUACAGCUAUUACUUAACGAUCACGAUCACGAAGUGGAUUUGUGGUGCUGGGGCGGUGAACCCAUUUAUCGCGAUGGCAAAUAUGUGGGUAUGACCACCACCACCGGCUAUGGCUUCACAUUUAAGAAGCAAGUUUGUCUCGGCUUUGUACGUAAUUUCGCUGAAGAUGGUACCGAGCUGCCGGUUACGAAUGAUUUCAUACUCUCGGGUCACUAUGAGGUGGAAGUGGCGGGUAUGCGUUUCGAAGCGAAGGUCAAUUUGCAUUCUCCCAAUUUGCCAACGAAAUUCCCUGACAAAGAGCGUGAGGCAUAUCAUGCGACGCGCGACAAACAGGGGCAGGCGGAUUUGUUGUCUUAUGAGACGAAGUACUGAGGCGAAAGGUGGAGGCAAUUGCGAUGAGGAGCGAUAUUGCAUAUUAAUUUACUACAUCACGUUAAUUUAUAGUUAUGAUUUCUUUAAAAUCGAUUUAGUUAUUAUUGAAAAUUUUUUCUUUGUAAAUUUAGUUAGGAAUUAUUAGUGAUAUAUUUUGCUUAGUUUAUCGUGGAUUGCUCCUUAUAGUUCUAUGUUGAAUAUUAUAUUUACGAAAUCGCAUUGAUAUUUAAAAAUCUCAAAUGUUAUACAUCAAUUAUAUACUUAAACAAUUGUUCGAACUAACCACCUACAUAUGUAUCUGUGGACUUUUGUCAAAACAACUUCUCUCGUGUGAGGUAAUUUUCUCUUCAAAUUUAUAAUAAUUCAAAUUUAAAACAAUUGAUUAAGUUCUCGAAUGAUAUUUUUAUGUAUAGUUAUUAUUAGGAGUAGUUCAAGAUGAUAUCUUAAUGAAAGUUAAAUAAAAAUGUCAAAUUUUUAAUGGAAAGUUCCUUAUAAUUUAAUCUAAAUUUCAACCUACAGAGAGCACAGAGGUUUUUUUGUCAACAGUCGACAGAUAUGUACCUUGUAUGCAUGUAUGUGCAUCCAUACAUAGUAUGUGAAUAUUUAAUUAUGAAAUACUUAAAAGAAAUUUAACCCCUGUUUGAACUGAAAAAGUCUGCUACGCGCAUUGCAUUUAUCAAAUACUAAUGUAAAAUUUUUUUCUAAAUCUUAUAUAGUCUCAAAUUGGAUAUAACUCAUUAAAAAAAUUUUAAAUACUUCGGCUCAAUUAAUCAGAAAUGUAAUAUGAAAGAAAACCAAAAAAAAACAUCUAAAAAUAAAAGAAAUCAAAGCAAGUGUCCUUUAGUUGUAUAUUAGCAAAGAGAAUAAAACCGAUAUUAAUGCUAUAAUUCAUAUAAAGAUAAAAGUUUUAAAAAGAGCUUUUAUAGGGGAUUUUCGUAAAUUAACGCUAAAAAAUAUACAUACCUCGAUUAGACGCAAUUAACUUGCUUGCUUUUGGCAAGCUACAAAAAUU